AUGUCUUGGUAUGACGACAACGUCCGGAUGCGUCGUUGUUGGUUUGGUUGCUUGCGGAGAAAAAGCCGAGAAUCGGGCCAAGAUGGCGGCGGUUCAUUCCGGGAAUAUAAUGUCGAUAUCCAAACAUUCCCGGCCCGACAAGAUUAA